AGGAGGCGCUGUCAUCCCGGAAAUAAAAUUUUCUAGAGGCCACGUCUGAAAUUAGUGUUAAAAAAUGACAUAAUCAGGCGAUAUGAUGUUCAUAGUCCACUCCUGCAAUCACAUAUUGUUCCAUCUGUAAUGACAGCGUCUUUUCAUCCUUAUCCUGCUAUGGUGAAUGCCAUAAAAUUAAUAUUUAGAGCUUAGUUUUGAGUAAUAAACAUUAAAAAAGUCUUCGUAUUUACUAUUUGCCAAAAAUAUGGAAUCUCUGUACCACCAAACGAACCGACUGGUGCAGGAUGUUCAGGGCGAGCUGGGUCGGCUGGAGCGAGCUAAGGGAGACAGCGUGCACCUGGUGGAGAAUGAGGUUCAGGCGAGGAUCGACCAUAUCCUCAGUAACUGUGAACGACUGGAAAUCCUCGUCAACAAGGAGCCGCCGACUCGACGGGCGAACGCCAAACUCCGCGUCGACCAGCUCAAGUAUGACUGUCAGCAUCUACAGAGUGCCAUGAGGCAGUUACAGCACAAGAGGUAUGUCCGGGAGGAAGAGGAACGUGAGAGAGAGGCUCUUCUGUCUCGAACAUUCACAACAAACGACCACGAUCACGACACUUCGAUUCUGAUCGAUGCAUCGGUUCAGCACAACAUCGGUUUGUCGAACGCCCACCGCGACAUGGACAACAUCAUCGGUCAUAGCUCCAGCAUCCUCACCAACCUCCGCGAACAGAGGAUGACACUGAAGGGUGUGCACAAGAAAAUAUUAGACAUCAGCAACUCACUGGGUUUGACCAACACAGUGAUGAGACUGAUCGAGAAGCGGACAUUCCAGGACAAGAUUGUGUUCUUCGUCGGUGUGGUGGUAACAUGUGUUGUUAUGUACCUGGUGUGGAAGUAUUUCUCAUGAUGUGACCAGGUUUUAGUGUGAAUACAGAGAUUAUAAAAAUGUAUAUAUAAA